AUAAUAAUUAAUUAAUUAAUUAAAAAAGAAAAUAAUAAAAAAAAAAAUUUAAGUAAAAUGAAUAUUUUAAAGUUACUAAUAGUUUUGCUUUUAAUAAGCUAAAUAGUUGCUUUAGGUGCUAUUGUUACCUGCUAAGGUAGUGGAUGCUCUCCUUCAAGUUGCACAACCCUUCCUACUGCCACUCCUGCUUUGAGUUGGGUACCUGCUGGUUAAGCUACUGGAUAAUGUGCAAUUAACUCUUGUCCUGCAUCCGGUGCUACAAUUUCAGGUACUACUGAUCUCUACUGUAAAUCUUGUCCUGGUACUCCUAACAAUGGUUUUCAAGCUGUCUUUGCUAACACUUCAGGAAAUGCUUGUGUUGCUGCAACUGCAACUUGUAGUUCUAAUAGAGCUGCUAAUACAUGGAAUAACGAUGAUUGCCUUGCCUGUAAUGGUAAUACAUCUCAAUAUGCAAAGGCUGAUAAUUCUGGUUGUUAAGCAAAUCCUGUUGGUGCUUUUGUUCCCUGCUAAGGUAGUGGAUGCUCUCCUUCAAGUUGCAUAACCCUUCCUACUGCCACUCCUGCUUUGAGUUGGAUACCUAGUUAAUUUUAAACUGGAAUAUGUGCAAUUAGCUCUUGUCCUGCAUCUGGUGCUACAAUUUCUGGUGCUACUGAUCUCUACUGUCUAUCUUGCCCUGGUACUCCUAACGGUUGGGUUCGAGCUUACUAUGCUAACACUUCAGGAAAUGCUUGUGUGGCUGCAACUGCAACUUGUGGUUCUAAUAGAGCUGCUAAUACAUGGAUAGAUGCCGAUUGCCUUGCCUGUAAUGGUAAUACAUCUCAAUAUGCAAAUGCUGAUAAAUCUGGUUGUUAAGCAACUCCUGUUGGUGCUAUUGUUACCUGCUAAGGUAGUGGAUGCUCUCCUUCAAGUUGCACAACCCUUCCUACUGCCACUCCUGCUUUGAGUUGGGUACCUGCUGGUUAAGCUACUGGAUAAUGUGCAAUUAACGCUUGUCCUGCAUCUAGUGCUACAAUUUCAGAUGCUACUGAUCUCUACUGUAAAUCUUGUCCUGGUACUCCUAAUGGUAGUGUUCAAGCUGUCUUUGCUAACACUUCAGGAAAUGCUUGUGUUGCUGCAACUGCAACUUGUGGUACUAAUAGAACUGCUAAUACAUGGAAUAACGCAGAUUGCCUUGCCUGUAAUGGUAAUACUUCUUAAUAUGCAAAGGCUGAUAAAUCUGGUUGUUAAGCUACUCCUGUUGGUGCUGAUGUUAGCUGCACUGGUACUGGAUGCGCUACUCCUGCAAAUUGCCCAGCCCCUCCUACUGCCACUCCUACUUUGAGUUGGGUGACUGGCACAGGCACUGGAAAAUGUGCAAUUAACGCUUGUCUUGCAUCUGGUGCUACAAUUUCAGGUGCUACUGAUCUCUACUGUCUAUCUUGUCCUGGUACUCCUAACGGCAGUGUUCAAGCUGUCUUUGCUAACGCUUCAGGAAACGCUUGUGUUGCUUCAACUGGAACUUGUGCUUCUAGAACUGCUAACACAUGGACAAAUGCAGACUGCUUAGCUUGCAAUGGUAAUACUAAUUAAUAUGCUAAAUCAGAUAAAUCUGGUUGCUAAUCAACAGCUCCUUCUUCUUCUUCUUCUUAAUCCUAAUCUUAAUCCUAAUCUUAAUCUUAAUUUUAUUCAAACUCAAGGAUAAUUUUGAGCUCAGUUUUAUUUUUAAUUACACUCCUUUUCUGA